AUGUUAACUAAAAAUUCUUUUACAGAAGAUCCUCAACUAGAUAUAUUGGUUGCGGUUUACCUGGUUGUUAGAAUCAUUGUAAUGUUAAUAUUAUGGGUUAUAUGUAUAGUACAAUUAUAUUAUGAUUUCAAUAUAUUAAAAGCAUCAAAAAGACCAUUCAAUUCAAGAUUUUAUGUAUUUUUAAAUUUAUCUCUUUUCCCAUUAGAUGUUGAUUUUGGAUCACCAUCAGUAUAUUCAGCUAUAGUUGCUACCUAUUUAUUAUUUAAUUGUUGGUGUUUUGUAGGAUGUUAUUGGAUGCAAUUAUUAUAUACAUUUUUCAUUUCAAAAGGAGUUAGACAUCAAAAUACAGCAAGAGUUUGGAAAUUAUCAUGGGGAUUGAUUGGGUUGAAUACCGUUUAUAUGGUUGUAUAUAUAAUUGUUUGUGCCAAGGUUAAAGAAAUUGCCCCGAAAUUUUAUACCAUUUCAUUUAUCGUAUUGUUGGCGACCGCCAGUUUAACUUUUUUCGUCAAUGGAUGUAUUUUGGUGGUUCAAAUGAAACGACAUGACCAAAAGACUCAGAGUACCAUCAUCACUGCCACACGUAAAAAGACAAAGAUUCUUGCCAUCGGUCUAAUCAUCCAAUUGAUUUGUCUCAUUGUCAGAGACAUUAUCUACUCUGUAUUCAAGAUAUCAAUGGAUGAUAAUCUUAGACACCUCUAUACAUUUAUUACAUUCUUUUUCGAAGUGUUUAUUGUCAUUAAUAUUAUGAUUGCAGUCUCUCAAAAACCACUCCACUAUUUAUUACUACGUCCUGUCAAUCAACAGAAAUCUGGUGUCACCUCGACUGGUGAUUCUGAUUAUUCAGGUGGAGCUGGUGGUGGAAGUACUGGAAAUACAACUUCUGGUGGAGGAAGUAUUCGUCAAAAAGGAUUCUCUGGAUCAGUUCGUCUUGAAGAAAGUAAUAGUCGUGAUACAUCAGCAUCGGCAGAACCCAAAGAAAAAGAAAAGAAAAAGGUGGAAGAAAAAAAAGUAGAACAAGGAAAAAUUGAUAAUAGUAAUCCAAAUAAUAGACAUGUAGUUAUACCUGCUAGUAUCCUAGAAGGAUACGUACACAAUUAUGAUAUUUUCACUUCAGAAGAUGGUAGCGAUGAUGAAGAUGCCCAUACACUCGAUGGUAGUGAUGUUUCCUUCCCCAUUGAUACUCCGACUCUACCACAUAGAUCAAUAGCAUCGAUGGAUAUAUCAAUGUCUAGAUCACCACCUCUAGGAUCACCACCAUUGGGUGCACCACCAUUGCCAUAG